UACGCGUCCACCGAAGCAGCCCUGACUCAGGCCCGUUUGAGCCAGCCCACCUGACACGCUGGGAGCCUGGUCCCUGGGCGUCACCAAGCACUGCUUCCGAGAAGAGUGCCGGAAGCGAGCGACCGGUUGACGGAGACAUCCGGGCGAAAUCGUAGGACUGAAACCUGUUUCUUAUUUCGAGAGCGCCAACAUGGCUGGGGUCUGCUUCGCUUGCGACCCGCAGGAGGGAAAGAAGAAAGGUGAAGCCGUUGCCGAAGCAGCCGAUGAGGCACCUGCGGACGACGGCGACCCUGCCAUAACCGGGUUUGUCGGCAAUGAAGAUUCAACUCAGAGCAAGGUUCGGAAAAAUAUACCCAUUACUGAGGAGGAGUCAUCAAGCAUCGCUUCGACUAUAACUGCUAGCCGCGACAAGCGCCUAGCGAGGAAGGACCACCAAGAAAAAGAAAAGUCACCGAGCAGAGCCGGACGCGACAAGCGUACUGCCAAGAAAAUUCAGAGCUCAAGGAAAGACUCGUCUGGUGGAAACCCAAGAGAGGCAAAUCACAUGGCCAUAAAAAGGCACGCGUCAGAGGAAGUGUCUUCAACAAGCACUGGCGACACAAGCAGAACUAGGUCAUCGAGCAGCGGUACAGGACAGAAGCGCGGGACUCGGACGGCCCACAAAUGGAGCAAAGCUAGCGGACAGAGCCGAACUGCUAAGAAUACUCGGCGACCAAGGAGCUCGUCUUCUAGCGGCGGCAGCAGUCGGCUUAAGCGCAGAACGAGAAGCCGAAGCCCUGCAAGAAGCCUGUCAUCGAGCAGCAGCGGCAGCAGUAUUAGGCGUGGCGUUAAGAGAGACCGGAGAUCAUGGAGCACGACUUCAAGCGAAAUGAGUGAGUACAAACGUAAAACCAAGAAAGCGCGCCUUUCUGGAGCUACGUCGACGGUGAGCAGUGGCGAGAGCUCAAUGGGAGCCAAACGACAGCGUCGAUGGCGAAGCUUGUCAAGAGACAGCCGCCACAAGCACAGGGUUAAAGGGCGAUCUGUGUCGGAGAGCAGCACGCUAAGCACCAUGGGGGACAGUCGCAAGACAAAGAAGAAUCACCGUGAUGGACGCCGCUCUUCGAGCACUAGCAGCAACCACGAGCGCCGACACUCAAAAGACGCCUCGUCAAGUAGUCGUUCAUCAUCCACGGCAUCGACGCGUAGGAGCCACAAUGCGAAGGCAGUGGCGACUGGAAAGAACAGUGGGGAUGCUGUUAAAGAAGCCACAAUGAUGGCAAAAACUCCGAGAGCGUCAAAGCUUAAACCCGCACCCGCGGGAAAGAAAUCGAGUGGUCAAGCGGCUUCUGCAAUUCGGAGACCGACGCGCGAACUCAAAGCCAGGACGUCGGAAGACGAGGGGCGCAGUCAAGAGACCGCGGCACCGAGCGGCCAAGCGGCUUCUACAGUGAAGAGUUCGACGUGCAAACUAAAAGCCAAGACGUCGGAAGACGAGGGGCGCAGUCAAGAGACCGCUGCACCGAAUGCGGGAAUGCAUGUUGAGUCAACAGCAGGAACAGCGCAAAAACGCAAAGCCACUGCAUCCCAAGGCGCAGGAGGUGCUCAGAAAACUGAUGCACUGCCAGGAACGAUUGCGACGCAUAAACGCGAGGCCAAAACGUCUGGGCAUGCCGCCAGCGCUGAGAGGACUGUGCCGAUGCCUGGACCUGCAACGACGCGGACGCGCAAAGCUAAGACAUCUAAGGACGCGGGUGGCUUUGGGCAAACUGAACGUACGCGUAAACUUAAGGUAAAGGCAUCCGAAGAUGCUGGCAGAGCUCAGACGACUCAGCCGGCGCCAGGACCUGCACCUACGCGUAAACUCAAGGCUAAGACGUCCGGAGACGCUGGCAGCGCGAAGACUCAGCCGAUGUCAGGACCUGCAACGUCACGUACACCCAAAGCCAAGACAUCUGAAGACGUUGGUGGCUUUCAGAAGACCGAGAAAGCUGCAGGAACAUCGCGAAAGUGCAAAGCAACAUCUGAAGAUGCAGGAGCCAAAGGCGGGACUGGGAAUGCAGUAAGCGCAACCACCACAAAACGCAAAACGAAGACGGAUGAAUACGGAGAGAGUAGUCAGAAGACUGAGUCGAUGGCUAAAAUAGACAUUAUGAGAAAGCGCAAAGCCACGACGCCGGAAGACGCACAAACCUCUAAAAAGACGGAGAUCACAACCACGGCUAAAAACGCAGUACAUGGACCUCAGGAGAUGCAGAAAGUGAAAGUGCGAAAUCAACGACAACACUGA